AUGUUUUUCAGCUGUGUCAAAGUUUUUUCCAAUAGUAACCUUUCAUCUAGUCUGCGUGAAGUCAGUUUCAUGAGUUUAUUUAUCAAAAAGAUUUUUCAAACUAUUCAGGCUUUUGAAAAUGAGGCGAGAAGAUGGUCAACAGGGAAAAGGGGCGCAACUGGAGGAAGAGAAGGCCGGCAAUAUGAUCUGUACCAAGAUUUACAAGGGAGAUUCCCUCGUAAACCAUCGGCUGACUCCGGGGAUGAGGAUGAGGAGAACUUAUACGAGUCAUUGGAUGAUGUUGAUGGAUCUAAGAAUGAUGAUGGUGCAUACAAGUUCGGAAGUCUGAAAAUCUUGGUGCAACAAGGUGACAUAACAGCACAAAAUACCGAAUGUAUAGUUAAUAGCUCUAAUGAAGCUCUUGAUUUAAGUCGAGGUAAUGUCUCUCAGGCUAUUUUGAAGAAAGGAGGCAAAGCUUUAGAAAAGGAAGUGGAUGACAAAAGAAAGAUAAUGAAAAAGGAACAUCUUGUUGUAACAUCAGCACCUGGAAUGAGCUGUCAGAAGAUCAUACAUGUUGUUGCUAAGGAAACAGCACAAGAAUGGCUAGACAUCAUAGAAAAAUGCCUCUUUAAGGCUGAUAAGGAACACAUGAAAGAUAUUGCUUUCCCUGCCCUAGGAACAGGACUUCAGAUGGAUGCUUCAGUUAUAGCCACAACUAUGGCUAAUGCAAUAUUGAACUUUGCUAAAACUGAUCCUAAACACUUACAAGAGGUCAGAUUGGUGAUAUUUCAGAAACAAAUGGUGGGAGAGUUUGAUAAAGUGAUAUCAAUUGCAAGCAGACCUAAUGAAGGUUGGGGUGGCAAAAUUAUGAGAAGUGUAAAAGGCUGGCUUGGUGGUGGAGGACAAGAUCAGACAAGCAAAAGACAGACUAAGAAGAAACCUGCCAAGAACCAAGAUCCUAAUAAAGUGACAUUUAUUGUUCUUGCAAUGUCUGAAAAAAUCAUUGAUCAAGCUAUAGCAAAGUUGGAAAGUUGUCUUGAUAAAGAAGUAUGCUCAAGCAAAUUUAAUGACAGCAUUAUAAAGAAUAUGAAUGAUCAACAGAUCAUGGAAAUACGAAGUAUUGCAGCUAAACAUCAUCUGGAAAUAAAGGUAGAGACUUCUGAUGGUCAGAUACAAAUAUCAGGAAUUUCUGCAAAUGUCAGUAAAGCUGCGGAUAAUAUACAUAGGAUUUUACGACAAGCAGUAACUGUUGAACAAGAAAGGAAAACAGCAGAGUUGAUGAGUAAUCUAACCCAAUGGAGCUAUAUAGAAAAUGGGGAGACUGGACAGACAUUAAAAGCAUACGAUAAGGAUCUUAAUUACAAGAUAGAGUCUGCUUAUAUUGCAAAAGCUGCUAACGUCAAUUUCAGUGCCGGUAAGACAAAAUACAUUCUAGACUUUUCAAAAAUGGAGGAAUAUCCUGAAGAUGACCCAAGUGACUGUGUGACAGUCAUACGCAGAGAUCUUGUAAAACAGGGAACAUUUGAAGCACCGGCACUAUGGACAGAUAUGACUGGAAAUCUAAGAGUUGUAUCUUUACAGGCUGGCGGCCAAGAGUAUAAUGACAUUUCACAAAAGUUCACAGCUUCUGCUGGGGGCACUUUUACAGUUGUCAAGAUUGAGCGUAUUCAGAACAAGACAUUGUGGGCACAGUACGAGGCAAAGAAAAAACAACUUGAGGAUCAGAAUCCACCUGGUACAACAAAUGAGAGAUUGUUAUGGCAUGGUACAGCAGCGGAAACAGUUGACAAUAUCAACGCUCAUGGAUUUAAUAGGAGUUAUUGUGGCAAAAAUGCCACUAUGUAUGGAGAUGGUGUGUAUUUUGCAGUCAAUGCACAGUAUUCAUGCCGUAAUACAUAUUCUCGUCCAGACCCUACAGGCAUAAAGAGAAUGUAUUACUGCAGGGUAUUAACAGGGGAGUGUACUCGAGGAAAACAGGGAAUGCGUGUACCACCAAGUAAAGGUGGAACAGGAAGUACAGCUCUGUAUGAUUCUGUGGCUGAUAAUCCAGCAGCACCAGGGAUGUAUAUAAUCUUCCAUGAUACUCAAGCCUACCCGGAGUAUCUUGUUUCUUUUCAAUAACAGGACAAUAAAUAUAAACAAACAGAUCAUUUCUUUCUUUGUUGACAUAGUUUGCAAUUGUAUUAUCCAUCAAGAAUGCAUAAGAUAUGAUUGAAAUUCUGUUCGGCAAAAAAUAUCCUUCUAUAUAACUAUUGUUGAAAGAAAACAUUUUUUGUUUAUUAGCUACUAGAUAAUUUUUAGGUUAAAUUGCCAUGGACAUUAAAUAAUAAAGCCAGGGGAAAGACAUCUGUCAGAUUGAGAAAAUUAUUCUUAUUGAAUGCUUGUUUGAAUGUAUUUGUAUUUAACUAGCUUUUUGUGUUCUGAAUUUUUGCUUAAAGAUUAAUUAAGUACAAUGUAAAUUUAAGAUCUUGCACUUUGUGCGUUUAAAUAUAUAUUAAUAGUUAUUGUAAAUCAUAAAUAUGUAUCCUUUGUGUGACACAAUCAGAUAAAUAACAUGUACAAUUAUUGUAAACCAAUGUUUUUAUUAUGCCCCCGGGCAUAUAGUAAUUGUACCGUCCGUCUGUCUGUCUGUCCGUACGAGAUUAACCUAGAACGGCAAGUUGGAUUUUUCUUAAGCUCUACCUGUACCAAUGGCUUCUAAGUUUAAACACUUACUAAUCAAUACAAAGUACAUGAUCUGGGCAAGUUACAUAACUCUGGCUUUCAUAUUUACCAAGUUAUUGCCCUUUUCAGCACUUAGAAAAUGAAUAAUGGUUAACCUAAAAUGGCAUAUCUAAAAAGUUCUAUCUAUACUAAUGGCUUUAUAAUUUCCACACUUACUUAUCAAUACAAAGUACAUGAUAUUGCCAAGUUAUAUAACUGUGUCAUCCAUAUUCCCUUUUUUCACUUUGAAAAUAGGGCCUUGUCUGGUUAACCUAUUUUGGCAAGUUGGAUUUAUCUUAAAUUUCUCCUAAUUGCUUAAUUUCUUUAAUGAUAUCUUUCAUAUUUAGUAGGUGGAUAGCUUUGAUGGUUCUCUAAUUUUUUGUGGAGUAAGCGGUCUCUAGGGUCAAGGUCACUGGUUUAAAAAUAAAUAUAAUAUUGCUUAUACAGCCUUUAUUUUUAGUUGAUGUCUUAGUUUAAUACAAACAUGCCAAGGGAGGUCCUCCUUCUUUGGGUGUAGUAAGGGGUCAUUUGGGUCAUGGUCAAUGUUACCAAUGUCAAGGACACCAAUGUUAAAAUAGAUUUUUACAGGUGUAUUGACCUUAUUCUAUAGACAGAUGUUAUUUAUAAUUGAUAGAAACAUAAACUUUGAUGGAGUUAUUGGUCAGUUGGGUCAAGGUCACCAGUGCUAAAAAUAGAUUUUUACACAUUUUCUCAUACAGCCUUUAUUAAGUGACAGAUGUAUUUUACAUUUAGUAGGAAGAUAACUUGCAUGGUAUUCAUCCUUUUGAUUGGGGUAGGGAUCAGUGGGUCAAUGUCACUUGUGCUAAAAAUAGAUUUUUACACCUUUGCCCAUACAGCUUUUAUUUAUUGACAGCUGUAUUUCAUAUUUGGUAGGAAGAUAACUUGCAUGGUAUUCUUACUUUGGAUGGAGUAAGGGGUUAGUUGGGUCAAGGUCACCAGUGCUCAAAAUAGAUUUUUACACUUUUGCCCAUACAGCCUUUAUUUAUUGACAGAUGUAUUUCAUAUUUGGUAGGAAGAUAACUUACAUGGUUUUCUUCUUUUGGAUAGAGUUAGGGGUCAGUUUGGUCAAGGUCACCAGUGCUCAAAAUAGAUUUUUACACUUUUGCCCAUACAGCCUUUAUUUAAUGACAGAUGUAUUUCAUAUUUGGUAGGAAGAUAACUUGCAUGAAGUUGAAUAUUUUUCAACUUCACAAGUCAGAGCAAUGACUUGGCAACUUACAUUUUUCACAAUUACAAAAUGCCAUGACUUUGUCUGGCUACAUGUAUAUAACUUGUGUUUACAAUUUUUUGGCAAUUUUUCUGUCCAUAACUGAGUGAAUGAGUAAACAUUUUUUCAAAUAUUGCUACUGACAAGAAUCUUAGCCAGGGGCAUUUGUGUUUAACAAAGUUUAACACGUUCUUGUUUUUUUAUUCUAAUAACUCUCAGUAUUUUGAUGAAUUCUUAAAUCAUUUUAAAGUUUCUAUGUCCAGAAUGUAUUAGAAUAAUUCUGAUACAUUUUUUUUUACAAAUUGGAAAUUCUGAUACAUAUUUUUUUUUUUACAAAUUGGAAACAAUUAUUUUUUCUUUUCUUUUUUUCAUGAAAAUGAACAAUUCUUUUUUCUUUCUUUAUUUUCAUGAAAAUGAACAAAAUGGAAUACUUAAAGGGUUUAGAAGUAUAAUUAUCUUAUGAAAUAUUUUAGAAAUUAUGUUUUUUCGAUAAUUAUAUGCUUGAUUCUUGAAACAGUUUUAACAUAGAAUGUCUCUGCUAUUUAACACACAUGAAUAUUAAUAUUUUAUACAUGAACAAAAAAAAAUGUUCCAGAACAAAAUAUUUAAUGCUACUUUUAGUAGGACUGUUACCAUUUAUUGAUGAUUAUGUGCAUGCACAAUUUGCUCUUGAAUAACAAAUAAACAUAUUUAUAUCCAUAGUAACUCGGGAAUGGUACGGCAGAUUGCAGCGCAUAUUUUCGAUCGUGUAACGGAUUAAAAAAAAUGUUUCUGCUACAUCUAAAUAUCUUUAAGUAUUUUUGGAGUGUAUGGCCUGAAAGAAUAUAUUCUCAAUUGAACACAAUCUGUUACUUUCGAAAUUGCUCAAAUUUUACGGUAUUUUUUUCUAUAUACCAUAAAUUUGACUGAUUUUUAAACUAGCAGAUUAUAUUAAAUUGAGAUUAUAUUAUUAAAGACAACUCACUCGGAUAGUAUGAAAAUAUAUUCAAAGGCCAGACAAACAAUAUGUAAAGCCGGUACAGAUUUUGAUUUAUGCGUCACAAUUUGCAGUCCUCACAGUUCCCAAGUUCCUUUUUUUGAAAGUUUCAAACAAUAAUAUUUCAGCAGAUAUAUAGCUUUAUGCACUUUAAGACAAACUAAACAAUCCUGUAACACAUUAAACAGCAACAGUUUAAUAUUUAGGCCAUUUGGAAGCAUGAUAUUUAAAUUGAGAUUCCUAAAUGAUUUUUUACAUUAAAUAGUCUAUGUUGCUUAGAUAAUUAACAAUAUCCACAGAAAAUGAAAAGUCAAUGUACAAUAAUUAUCCAGUUAUCCAGAACAAAUUGCAAAAUGUUAAAUUGCAGGUUUUGAUACAGAGUUUUGUAUCAAACCUUAUUCUCCAGGAUCACCAGAUCAGAUAAUAAAUUAUCCAGCAAGUUUACGGAAUGUCAGUGGUUAUAUUCUGGUGCCUGUUCAUGCCUGAAAUAAUGUAUGGAAGGGCACCUGAGGUCUUCCUCCACCAGUAAAGCUGGAAAUUCACCAUAUUGACCUAUACUGUGUUCAGGUCAGAUGUAAAACCCAAAACAAAACAAACAACAAAAACCAGAUAAUAAUUAUACAUUGCUGCUUUCAUGGACAUAAAAUAUGCAUCAUUUCUAUACAUACAUACAAUGAGUCUACAUACUUACAUGCACGCGUGCACGCACACACACACACACACAUACAUACAACUUCUGCAACAAAUUAUCAUGGAGAACAACUGGUAGAGUUUAUGAUGAUAUAUCAAUACUUUAUUUUGUAUACAUGUCAGGCAAAAACAUUAUGCUAUCUAACUUUUAGAUAGCAUUAUUUUGCUGUUUUUAUACUGAUUAAUACUAUUUUUCAUUAGUAGAAAUAGGAUAGUCUAUGACAUGUAUACGUAUAUAUAAAGUAAUGAUGAAUUAUCGUAUCAUAAAGUCACACGUAUUAACUACAAAACAUUAUGCUCAGAUUAUAGGCAAAAUGUGGAUUCUGAUGACCUCUGUUAUUUUCGGUACACAAAAUUACGUCAAAAGACAUUUGGUAGAAUACUACAAUUAAAAGAUAAGACAAAUGGUCGAAUACGACAUAUAGAAUUGAAAUUUGAUAGAAAAAAUAUGUCCAAUAUUGUCAAAAAGAUGUUGAAUUUAAAUUGAAAACCCUUCAAAAGUACAGGAAUAUAUUAAAACAAAAUUGGACAGAAGUAAAUGGGUGCAGUUUGAUUCGUAAUUUAUUCUAGUUCAUUCUGAUGUAUAAUCAAAUUGUUUUCCAAUAUUCUUUAUUUCAAUAUUUAUUCAGUAUUGAAAUUUGUACGCAACUUCCAGUAUAUUUCCCCCAACUUUUCCUCACUUUUAUCUUUACUCAGUGUAUAUACAGUUUUAUUAAAGUUAAUUUUUUUGAACCCCUAGAACUUGUAAAAAAAACCAAGGGAGGUAAUCACUGUGAGGAGUUUGCGACACUAUAUCGAAAUAUAAUACGCUAUUCCGUCAAGUGUUGUAGGUUUAAAUAUUUUUCGACCAUAAGUCACUGACUCUAUCAUUUGUCCAUUCUAAAAUAUGUCCCUUCUUUUAAUUUGUUGUAUUCUAUAAUUUAGUGUCUUUUGAUGUAUGGUCGUAAACCCUUAUUUUCAAUAUUCACAGAUUAUAUAAUGUAACGAAAUUCAGGAUAUCUAUGUCCUCUAUUGUUGGAAAGGCAUAAGUCAACACUUUUAUAACAGUAUCUUGUUUUUUGUUUUCUUGUGUGUGUGUGUGUUUUUUUCUUCUCUUUAGCUUGUAAUUCUUACAUUGUCUAUAACAACUAUCAUUAACAACAGGGCCGUUCCAGUUUGAUUUGUUCUUUUUGAACUUGCUAAAUUUUUGUUAACUUGAUGUCAAAUAAUUUGUUGAGCCUAGUAUUGUUUUUCAUGCGAUUAUACACUCUUUAGAAGAAGAUUAAUGUUUUUCCAUAUAUUAGUCAGUUUGUAGACUACUUUGUUUUCACUCUGAGUGCAGACUUCAUAAGAUGAAUAAUACUCAUAUUGAUUGAAAGACAUUUUACAUAUUUGGACUUGAUAGGUCAAAGAUGAAAGUUACCGUUUCCUUGAACUUGAUGACUGUUUCCCCUCAAUAACUGGCAUACCAAAUGACAUAGAAUCUAGAAACAUAGUAGGAUGCUUUAGAAGUUAAAGAUCCUUAUUGAUUUUGGAUUUAUAAGGUCAAAGGCCACUGUCAUGGAGACUGGAUUUUCCAAAUUUUCACAGUAACUGGAAGGCAGUAAGACCCAGAACCUUCAAAUUUCAUAGAAUCAUUUCUAUAAUGAGGUGAACAACUCUAAAUUCUAAAAAGUGUUUUGGCCCCUGUAUGUCAGUCACUUUGGCCUUGAAUAUUAAGAUCCUUUCUACCCAUGAACUGCAGUAAUUUUAAUUAUUUUGACACAAAGUCUUCAAACUUUAAGCCUUCCAUUUUUAUAUGAUGAUUGACCUUUCUGAGUAGAAUCUGUUGUUUUUAGGCAUAUCUUUUGGAAGUUGAAGGUCACACCUAGAAUUGCAAUGUUGACUCUGCGCUUUUGAUUUCUUAUUUAUAUCCUUAACACCUUUAUUGUUCCUCCAUGAUUUCUGUGAUGAUUUCAACUUAACAACAGUAACACCAUAUUGACACUGCACAGUAAUCCAGGGGGAUGCAUAAUCAUUCCGACAUCUUUGUUUUUUCAGCUGUUUUUUAGUGCUUAAGAAUACAUCAUCACCUUGUUUAAAAUAUCUCUUUUCAAGCUAUAUUUUAAGCUAAUCUUAUUUAUAUACAAUGUAAACUGUUCUUUAUAAUUACUGAUCAUAAGUGCUUAAUUAGUGAUUGGUCUAUGAUUUAAGCCUUGUUUUGAAAUACAUGUAUAUACAUAUACAUGUUCAGAGAGGACACAGAUGACAUUUGGCUGUUCCACUUGUUACUUUGUUAGUUGUUGAUAUACAAUGUAUGAUUACCUUUGAUUUCUGUAUAUGCACAUAAUUAUUUUUAUACAUAAACUUAUUAUGAUGUGUUGGGCGGUAAGAUGCCAAUAAGGUGUAUAAAUUUUAUAUUUACAUACACAAUGUUUAUAUAUAAUUUUUGGUCAAUCAAUGUCAUAAAAUCAGGGCUGUUUCAAUAAAGCCUUUCCAUGGGUUGAACAACGGAAUAUGGGUACUUAAUACCAUUAAAAGAAGUCAAUUUGGUUGCAAAAAUAAGAAAUUAAGAUAAAAAAAAACACCAACAAUUUUACCAUAAAUUAUACACUGUGUAUAUAUACUCCACACCAAAAUGGCAUCUUUUUGCCCAACUUAUCAAAAAUUUUGAUUUUCAAUUUGCCUUGCUUGUACUUAAUACAUUCUAAUCUAAAAAUAAAGUUAUAUAAAACA